AUGGCAACCAAUGAUGAUCUUGAUGAUUUCUUUAAAAAGAAAGAUCGAAAAGGACAUAAACCUAAGAAACAAGCAGCUAUAUUAACAAACAAUGAAGAAUUACUUAAACAAUUAGUUAUUGUGACAUCAGCAACAUCAGCAUUUAAAGAAAAUAUGGAUUUUGAUGACGAUGAUGAAGAUGCUUCAACUGCAAAUCAAAAUCGUCAUCAUUUUACAGCUGAAUCAAAUGGUAUUAAUGAAAAUCAUGAUAUAAAUCAUACAGUUAUUAAUAAAAGUCAACCAAUUAGUAAUAAAACAAAAACUACAGCAAAAUUAUCGGUGCAAGAUAGUAAUAAUAAUAUAAAUGAACAACAAACCGGUGGUAAUCAACAAGAUGAAUGGGAAGAAUUUGAAGAUCCAAAUUCGAAAUAUGAUAAAUUACGUUUAAAAUUCGCACGUGCUGGAAAUGAUCAAAAUAAUGGUGAUGAAGAUGAAGAUAAUGGAGAUUAUUUCGAUGAUGGACAUCAUCAUGAUGGAAAUACAGAUGAAAAUAUAAAUAAUAUUGAUGGUGGUGAUGAUGAUCGAUCUUCACGUAAUGCUCGACGACGUGAACAAUUAAAAGAGAAACCUGUUUGGAAAUUAGAUCAAGUUAAGCAAUCGGAAUCAGUACCAACAAAUGAUAUAACUGAUUCACCUACUGAAAAAGUUGAAGAAAUAUCCAAACCUACGGCGGCAACAACAUCAUCAGCUUAUCGACCACCUGCAUUACGUGGUGGUAAUAAUGCAUCCGUUACAGUUGUUAGUGGUGUUAAUCAACGAACAUCGAAAAAAGAAAAACCAAAUUUAGCUUCAGUUGAAGAUUUUCCAACACUUGGAGCAGCUGUUAAUAAAAAAUAA